AUGGCUCGGGCUUGGUCUGACUCGAGUAGUUUUAUCAAACAACUAUUCAGUUCUAUUACACUACACGGACUUCCGUUCACCUUUCAAAGUUCAGUUCUCAUUAUUGGGCUUCUUUUUCACAUUUUAUACAUAUGGAGCAUUUUCGACAUUUACUUCACAUCGCCUUUGGUACAUGGAAUGACGCCGCAACGGGUUGUGUUACCCUCACCGGCGAAAAGACUUGUUUUGAUCGUUGCUGACGGUUUACGUGCUGAUAAGUUAUACCAAUAUCUUUCGGACGAGAAUUCAACAAUAACGACAAAUAAUCCCGAUUCAGGAAAUCCUCCUUUCCUGAAAGAAAUUAUUAAUGAACAAGGCACAUGGGGAGUCUCUCAUACCAGAGUACCAACAGAGUCAAGGCCUGGGCAUGUCGCCUUAAUCGCAGGCUUUUAUGAGGAUGUUAGCGCUGUAACUAGAGGCUGGAAAACGAAUCCUGUAGAAUUCGAUUCAGUUUUCAAUCAAAGUCAGUAUACAUGGUCGUUUGGGUCUCCCGAUAUAUUGCCAAUGUUUGCUGAAGGCGCGUCCGAUCCGGAUCGCGUAAACACAAUAAUGUAUUCCUCAGAUAGCGAAAAUUUCGCGGAGGAUGCGGCAGACUUAGAUUAUUGGGUAUUCAGGCAUUUUCGCCAAUUAUUUGCGAAUGCUUCGUCUGAUCCACACCUACAUCAAAAAUUGCAAGGCGAGCAAAUUAUAUUCUUCCUCCAUUUACUCGGCUUAGACACUAAUGGUCACGCGUACGGUCCUCAUUCUGAAGAAUACUCGCAUAACAUCAAAGUAGUAGACGAGGGAGUUCGCGAAGUUGUCGAAUUUCUGGAAAAUUAUUAUAAGCACGAUGGUAAAACUGCAUACAUCUUCACUUCUGAUCAUGGAAUGAGCAAUAUAGGUAAUCACGGGGACGGACACCCGGAUAAUACGCGUACUCCAUUAAUUGCAUGGGGUGCUGGUAUUAAAAAGCCUAAUAAAACACAUUUGGGUGGAUAUUACGAUGAUGUGCUCGCUACAUGGAAUUUGACUCACUUAGAAAGAAAUGAUGCAUCUUUGAUUGGUAUUAAUUAUCCUGUAAACUCUGUAGGGGAAUUGCCAUUAAAUUAUCUUGAUAACACGGAUCAGUUUAAAGCACAGAGUCUUCUCGUCAAUGCGAUUGAAAUUUCUGAGCAAUAUAAAGUUAAAAAUGAAUUCAAAAAAAGAACCGCAUUAUGGUACAAACCGUUUGCUCCGCUGAGUAAUUCUACGCAUAAUCCCGACACAUUAAUCACGCAAAUCAGAAAUUUUAUUGACAAAGAAAAUUAUAAUGAAGCAGAAAAGUUGUGUUUAGUUCUGGCAGAACUUACGUUACAAGGGCUUCGGUAUCUUCAAACGUAUGAUUGGCUCUUUUUGCGAUCAAUUGUCACGAUUGGUUAUUUAGGUUGGAUUGCUUAUUGCUUAAUUUUUACCAUAAAAGAAUACGCACUAGAAAACACUUAUCAACUAUCGAAUAAUAAUAGCAAAUAUAAAGAAAAUAAAAUGGCAAAAUCGCCGAGAACUUAUUACGCAUACGUAUUCUUUCCGAUAGCUUUUUGGAGUGAGGUGUUGAGGCGAUACCACAUUUUAUCAGACUAUCAUUGGGAUCGGGCCUUAGAUGAGCAUAGUUGGAUUCUUGUUGCUGGGUAUACUAUUGGAUAUAUUCUCGUGUUGGAAGUCUUUGUAUACAGUUAUUUCGAGCGUAAAACUUUAACAGCUUGUUUUAUUUUUACCGCAUUUUGGCCUUUCGUAACGUCGUUUCAAUUCCGCGAAUCGAAUGGACCACUACUCUACUCGUGGUUCGCUUCAUGCAUGAUUUCCGGCACGUUUUUAUUACUACCAGUUGAAAAAGGAGAAAGUAUCAUUCUGGUCAUAACUGGUGGCAUUUUGAUCGGUGUCACGGGGCUUAUUGCGUUAUGGAAAAGUAAACAUUUCAUCCCAGAAGUUGAUUCGUUUGCACAAAGAGUAAUUUGGGUUCAGCUUGGGUUAAUAUUUUCCAGCACUUUGCUUGUUUAUGAUACGACAAAUAAAUUAAAAUCGAAAGCGGGCUUGCCGCUAUUGAAUCAAAUACUUGGUUGGACUAUUUUAGUUAUCUCCACCUCUACACCUUUUAUAUACGGAUUUCGAGCAAAGCAACAUUAUUUUCAUCGCCUUAUCAAUAUCGUUCUAGCAUUCGCGCCGUUAUUUGUACUUUUGAGUAUUUCCUAUGAAGCAUUAUUUUACUUUUUCUUUUCAAUUACCCUACUCUUGUGGCUUUUCCUAGAACAAAAAAUUUACGAGUCAGAGUCAUCGCCAUCGUCGUCCUACACACACAAAUCACCCAAUUAUACAUCAAAAUCCUCCGAAUUAGUUACGACAGAAACACGAAAAUUGACUCUACGUGACACCCGAACUGCAUUAUUUUUCCUCUUUUUUAUAAAAGUCGCUUUCUUUGGUACUGGCAACGUUGCAAGCCUCAGCAGCUUUUACCUAUCAAGUGUCUAUCGCUUAACCACAGUCUUCAAUCCAUUUCUCAUGGGUGCCCUCUUACUCUGCAAAAUCCUAAUCCCAUUUUUCAUCGUUUCGUCCGUGUUCACAGUUGUCACGAAAUCAGUACAGCUACCGGCUUUCAGUCUAUUUUUGUUGGUGUUGUCGACGUCAGAUGUGAUGACAUUGAAUUUUUUUUAUCUGGUUCAUGAUGAUGGGAGCUGGUUGGAAAUCGGGACGACGAUUAGUCAUUUUUGUAUUUGUUCGUUGUUUUCAUUGUUUAUGAUACUGCAGUUUUGGUUGAGUAAUUUAUUGGUGGGUGAUGUUUAUGUACCAUCACUAUCAUCACCGGAUGAUGUGGUAUUGACAACAAAAAGGCAAAGAAAUACGUUAGAACAAGAAAAAAUCAGAAUAGAGUGA